AUGGAAGAGUUGCUUGAUGAUUUAAUUUCAGGAGAAAAAACUGAGAAAAUCUUCUCAAAGUAUGCUAGAAAUGGGAAAAUUAAUAUACACAAAUGCAUAUCUUAUAUACUUCAAGACUUAAAUGCUGAAUUUGAUAUAGAUUUAAGGGACGUUAAAGAUUAUUUCAAGAUGAAGAAAAACCCUUUUGAUCAUGACGAGAUUAUUAACCCCGAGUAAAAAAUAAAUAGAGAAGUCUCACUAGAGCAAUUUAAGACAAGGCUUGAAAAUUAUUUAACAAAAGGAAUGGGGAUUAUGAUUAAUGCAGAAAAUGAUACCAAUUUCAUAAGAGCUUUAAAUCAUCCUAUAAGCUUAGACCAAAAACAGAUAUCAACCAUUAUUUCAAAUGAUACUGAAGAGAAGUGAAAUACUCCAAACAGUGAAAGAUUGUCGAAAAGUAAGCAAAGAACUCCUAUUAAUCUUAAAAGCAGAAUUACUCAAAGUGUAAACACCUCAAAUUUACUUGGAAAAGCUAAACAAAAUUGGCUUGAGCCUUAUUUAAAAGAAUACCACGCCGAUAUUGAAAAUAUUUUACUCGCUAAUGACCCAACUGGGAAAAAAAUGAUUGAAGCUAUUAAACUAAAGAGAAUUCUACGAGAAAUAUUGCAAUUAAUGAAGCUUCCUGAAGAAAAAGACCUUUUUCUUUUUGAUAGAAUGAUUGAGAAUCGUUUCAAGCACAUCAAGGGCUCACCUGCAAAAUCUUCUAUGAAAUACCUGAGGGUAACAUUUUCGCAGUGUUUUGAACUGUUUGAGGAAUGGGCAGCCAAAGAAUCUUUUAGCCGCCUAUCCUAUCAUGCUCAGCUGCAAAACACAAUAAAUGAGUAUAAAGAACUAAUAAACACUUAUGGCUCUGAUAUGAAUUGUAUCAGUGACUUAAAAGACAUGAUUGACCAGAUGGAAAUUAUCCAUUCUAGCUCAAAUACAAAAUCCAUAAAAAUUUCUGAAGAAAAUCUUAUGGAAAAGCAAGUUAAAGGCCUUAAAGCAAUUUUUUCGUUUUAUGCUUCACAAACACAAGAAUUGACAAGGUCGCCCACAUUUGAUCAUUUGAUAAAUUUAAAGCAAUUUAUGACAUUAAGCCAGUUUCUUAAAUUUUGCAAUGAUUUCGGGAUUUCAGAUAAAAAAGGAAUGCAAAGGUUAAAUCCGCAGCAAGCUUCAAAAGUAUUUAUAAAUAAUUCAAAAUGUGGCAGAAAAAUGACUUUAUCGCAGUUUUUCUCUGCUGUGGACUGUUUGGCUGAAAUAUUUUAUAAUAUUCAAGUAGGUGCAGAAGAGUCUGAAAUUGGCCUCGUUGCAAAAAGAAAUUUGUUUUACCAGUACCUGCAAUGUGAUAACCAAGAAAUUUAUAUGCAAAAAACCAGAGGUUUUAAAUACGCAUUUUCAAACGAAAAAGCUGGGUUUAGGAUGCCGGAGUAUGAUUUAAGUAAAAAAUACAAAUUUAAAGAUCAAACAGAAGUGAAACAAAGAAUUUUAGAUUGAAAAAGAGAAAAAGAAUAAAUAAAAUGGCAUUCGGUUCAAGAGAAAUUAGCUCUGCUGAUUUUCUUUUCCUCAUGGAAUUUUAUUUAUGGGGUUGGGUUUUCUCUCGAGAACUUCUGCACAGCAAUAGCUGUUUAACUUUGGGGAUAACCAAAGGAACAGCUCCUCAGUGCGUUCAAAAUUUCAGAGUUUUACCCCUCAGCACAUCCCCACGGGAGGAUGACCCUUAGGCGGAACACGCGCAGGAGCCGAGUCGAGACAGAGCUACGGCAACGCGCCGAGUGAGAUGUGCGGCGGCUGGAGGCGAAGCGUCGAUAGAAGGCUUGGCCGUUUGGGUUGACCACCGCGAUUCCAAGAUGGCUCCGUGACGUCACCAGUUUAGCUAAAAGGUCAUUUUUUGGGUCUGCCGCACUAGACACCUUAAACACCGAAUAAUUAAGUUAAGUUAAGUUAAGAAAAAGAGAAAAAGAAGAAAGAAACCCAAAGAGAUCGAUAUCAGUUCCAAAUAAGUUAAAACUAGAUCUCAGAAGGAUGAAGCUUAUGCAGAGAAAAGAUAGAAUUACUUGGGAAAUGCUAAGAAAUAUGGAAAGCAGUAGUUUCAUAAAUGAUGAUGAAGCAAAAGAUCUUAUAAACGAUAGCUACCUUUUACCUGCUCUUCCUGUAUAA